AACUCAUUGACAAUAAAAACGCGCCCAUAAAAGUUGUAGCCCGCCACCCCGCGUCGGUCAAUUUGACUUCCGUUCGAUGGAGCCCCGCCUGCAGGGAUCGGGGUGCAUCAAGCAGCUGAAUAAUAUGGGGCCGCUCGUUCGCCUUACCUCAACAUUGACGUACCUUACUAAGAUUCCGACCAUCCUUCGUACUGCUUUGCUUUGUGAACCCAACAUUCAUCUUUCAAAUCCCACACUGCCAAUCUAGGCCACACUGGCACCGAUCCCAAGGUCAUAAUUCGAGUCCUUCUCAAUUACCGCGAGCCUUGCUGCUUUGUGAAACUGAGCGGGCGAUCAAAACAAAAUCGCAUCGCAUCGGAUUGCAGACGCAAUGCCACCCAAGGUGACCAUAAAGAGGAAGGCCUCCGGCGCCGCAGGCCCAGCAAAGAGCGGCAAGGCAUCCGCUGCGUCGACACCUGGGCCCGGAACUCCCCGUAGCAUGGCGAGUUCGGAAUCGGAGAACUCCGAUGAUGAUGACGGCGAUGUCGAAGGCCUCGACUACAGCAAAGUCAUUGCAACAUUUGCUCCCCAAGCGUCCAAGGCGCCAACUGCAGGCUCCAAAAUGGACUCAGUGUCAAACUUGUUCAAGAACGGGAAACGCGACUAUUCGUACUUGAAGCUCAAGCCUGAUCACGCAAAUCGACCAUUGUGGAUUAACCCUGACAAGGGCAUCAUCAUUUUGGAGAGCUUCAACCCGCUGGCCGAACAGGCCCAAGACUUCCUCAUCACCAUAGCUGAGCCCCAGUCAAGGCCGACAUUCUUGCAUGAGUACGCUUUGACGGCACAUAGUUUGUACGCUGCUGUCUCUGUCGGCUUGCACCCACAGGAUAUCAUCAGCACCCUAGACAGGUUCCUGAAGACUCCCCUUCCUGAUUCCAUGCGCGACUUCAUCGAGGUCUCUACUAAAAGCUACGGCAAAGUGAAGCUUGUAUUGAAAAACACACAAUAUUUUGUUGAGAGUUCCGACCCAAACGUGCUGCAGAUCUUGCUGAAGGACGAGGUUAUCGGCCCCUUGCGUGUACAAGGUUCAGAAGCCAUCACCACGGCCGCCCCGAAACGAGGUGGUCUUGUCAUUCCCGGAACUAAAGAGGCUUCGGGGGUGAAGCAAGUCCAGGAUCCCAACUCGACCGACGCCACGAAUGCGGAGGGUGACAAGCCCGUCGAGGAGGAUAUGCUUACCAAGGCACUGGAGGCUGAAGAUGAUGACGAUGCUCAGGCCGUCCAUGCGUUCCAAAUCGAGGACGAGGGUGUGGAAAUUGUACAAAAACGAUGUCUAGAACUCAACUAUCCCAUCUUGGAAGAGUACGAUUUCCGAAACGAUACGUUCAAUCCGGUUCUCGACAUUGACCUCAGGCCAAACACCCAAGUACGUCCAUACCAGGAAAAGAGUCUCAGUAAGAUGUUCGGUAACGGCCGCGCAAAGAGUGGAAUCAUCGUCUUGCCUUGCGGAGCAGGAAAAACCCUGGUCGGCAUCACGGCUGCUUGCACUAUCAAGCGGGGAGUCAUCGUGCUAUGCACAAGUACCAUGUCUGUCGUUCAGUGGCGUGACGAAUUCCUCAAGUGGUCAAACAUCGCCCCGGCCGACAUCGUUGCCUUCACAUCCGAUGACAAGCAAAAGUUCAACAGCGAGACUGGAAUUGUUGUUGCCACUUACAACAUGAUUACUCACGACAAGAAGAAGCGGUCGCACGAGACGCUUAAGAUCCUAGAAUGGCUCCAGUCACGGGAGUGGGGUCUCAUGAUCUUGGACGAGGUGCACGUUGCGCCUGCAAAGAUGUUCAGAAGGGUGACAUCGGCGCUCAAGUCACACUCGAAACUCGGCUUGACAGCGACCCUUCUUCGAGAGGACGACAAGAUAUCGGAUCUGAACUUCCUCAUUGGACCCAAGCUAUACGAGGCCAACUGGAUGGAGCUUUCACUCGGAGGGCAUAUUGCAAGGGUUCAAUGUGCCGAGGUGUGGUGCCCGAUGCCCACUGAGUUCUACCGCGAGUACUUGAGGAGCACCAGCCACCACAAGGCUCUGCUGUACAUUAUGAACCCCAUGAAGUUCCAAGCCUGCCAAUACUUGAUCAACUAUCACGAAGCACGUGGCGACAAGAUCAUUGUGUUCUCUGACAAUGUGUACGCACUCAAGAAAUACGCCUCAGUGUUGAGCAAGUGCAUGAUUUACGGCGGUACCAGCAACUCGGAACGACAGUUGAUUUUGAAGAAUUUUCAACAUAAUCCGGAGAUCAACACAUUGUUCCUUUCCAAGAUUGGUGACACGUCGUUGGAUCUUCCCGAGGCCACCUGCCUCAUCCAGAUCUCAUCCCACUAUGGAUCCCGUCGUCAGGAGGCACAGCGACUUGGUCGGAUUUUGCGAGCUAAAAGGAGAAACGACGAGGGUUUCAACGCAUUUUUCUACUCACUGGUUUCCAAAGACACAACAGAAAUGUACUAUUCAGCUAAAAGGCAAGCAUUCCUUGUCGAUCAAGGCUACGCUUUCAAGGUCAUCACCCAGCUAGCCAAUAUGGAGAACAUUCCCGACCUCAAGUACAACACGGCGGAGUCGCGACUUGAGUUGCUUCGGGAAAUCCAAAUCGAGAACGAGAAACAGACGGAAGGGGACGAGGAGAUAGACGACUUGUUUCACAGCGGCAAAAUAGCAGGCAAGGGCAGAAAGAGCAACGUCAGACGUAUGGCCGGCCGAAUGGACGAGUACAGCGGUGGGCAGGGUAUGACGAUGAUGGAACGUGGACCGACCAGGAAUACGCAGCUCAAGAAGACCAAAAAGGCAGAGAGCAGCUCAUUUUUCAAAAAGAUUGCCAGAGAGAACGAGAAGCGAAGACAGGUGGGCUGAUUUCUUUUUGGGCCAUACCAUCCAGAUUGUCCUGUUUGUAUCUAGAUAAGAGCUGCUGAGCUCCUCCUGUGUAGGAUAAUUAUUAUUUUGUGGCGCUUGAUUGGUGGCACGCCAGAAGCGAAUCUGCCUGGUUGGCACACGAGAUGAUUGCAGGGCUGAUCAAUGUCAACAGUCCAUGCAGACUAGUCUAUGCAUUUUUCCCGCGAUCUUACCAGCUCGUAAUCGGUCACACAUUGUGGUCCUUCGGAGCAUAAUUUUAAGCU